AUGGAACAACAGAGAAGAGAGGAAUUACGACGACUUGAAAAUCUAAUGAAGUUAAAAGAAGUAAACAUGACAAAGUUGAACCCAACCGACGAUAUCGAAAACUACCUCACUACAUUUGAGCGUACAGUAAAGCUAGUACCCUACUUGACAGGUAAAGCCCAAGCUGCAUAUGCUGCAAUGUCAACUGCCGAAAGUAAUUACGAGAAAGUUAAAGAGGAUAUACUGAAACAAUACGAUAUUACAGAAGAGACAUACAGACAAAGAUUCGGGUCAACAAAGAAACUGAGAGAAGAAAGUUACAAAGAAAUGUAUGUUAGACUGAAGGACUUGUUCAAAAAAUGGACCAAACCAGAAGGAAAGACAGUAGAAGAGAUAACAGAGACAAUGAUCAUGGAACAAUUGGUAGACACCAUGCCAGGAGUACAGAUAUGGGUUCGAGCACAUCGGCCAAAGGGUGGUAUUGGAGCAAUUCUAAUGUUUUCGAAGCCAAGUGGCAAGGCCCAUUCAAGGUGUUGA